AAUAUCAUAUGCCGAGGUACAACUGAAGAUCAUAUUCAUAAUUACUAUAGAAUUCACUAUAUAAGGCAACAGUUAGAUCAUAAAUCGUACAUCAAUAUAAUAAUUAAGUAUUACUAGUAGAAAAAUGAUUCCUGAAUUAGUUAGUGUAUUUGAAAAUGAUGAUAUCAAUAAAUUUGAGACGAGAUUAGAAGUUCUUGAAGAUAAGACAAAUUCAACCAAUGAGAAGACUGUAUACGUUGGAAAAUAUCCAUUAUUACCAUUUAGAGAUGGAAUGAGAGGUACAUUUGGUGGAGAAUUUAUAGCUCAAGGUAUUCUUGCAGCUUGGCAAUCUAUACCUAGUGAUGAUUUUACACCUCAUUCUUUACAUGCAUACUUUUUAAAGGCAGGAUCUAUUGAAUCACCAACUCGAUGGGAAAUUUUAAAAAUUAAUGAUGGAAGAAAUUUUAUUAAUCGAUUAGUUAAAGCAUAUCAAGUUCAUACUAACCAGUUGGUAUAUUCUUUUCAAAUUUCAUUCACUAAAAAUAAUGAUUUUCAUAAACGUGAAGAGACUUAUCAACAACAAUUAGCUAAUGGAGAUACUAAAAUAAGAUCUAUACCAUUUCAAACUGGUAGUUUACCUGGACCAAUGUAUUAUAAAUAUAAGGAUUCAUUAGAUGAUUUACCAUUAAUUGAACAUACUCAUGAACAUGUUCAGCAUAUAGUACCUCCUGAAUUCUUUAAAGAAACAAAUUUAAUCGAUUUAAAUGAUCUUGGAAAUAAACAGUUUGGGUUAUUUUGUAGAAUGACUGAUGAUUUGUCAUUAGCAAAGAAUCCUAUAAGAACCAAAUUUGCUCAGGUUGGAUUUUUAUCCGAUUCACUUUAUCUUGCCUCAAUAGUUCAUGCUCUUGGAUUAUCAUUAGCUGAAGAAAAGGAUUUAUUUCGUGUGAGUUUAGAUCAUUCACUUUACUUUCAUGACUUUAAUUUUGAUCCUACUGAUUGGCUAUAUCUUGAUUAUAGAUUUGAAAAAGUAGGUAACGAUAGAUGUUUAGUUCAUGCUCGAUUCUUUACAAUACAGGGUAAAUUAUUUGCUACUGUUACUCAAGAAGCUUUGUUGUUUUUAAAUAAACGUCUUACCGAUCACGCAACUGCAGCUCAUGAAAGAUUUCAUAAAAGUGACAGUACGACUCUUGCCAGAUUAUAAUUUCUUUAGAUACUAGAUACACUUUGGGAUAUGCUUGUUUUAAUUUUCUUUAUUUAUUACAUAUUUAUUACAUAUUUAUUAAUCGAUUUUGAAACUUCGACUUUGUAUUGUGUAG